AAUGUGCGGUGCGGUGUCAACAGCUGAUGCGGCUGAAAUCUAUUACUACUUUGUAUAACAGAAAAUGAUGAAAAUUGCUGUUUGUAAAACUAAAUGAAAAGCUGCCAAAGUAGUUAGCAAAAGUUGAGUGUCACUCAGAGAGAUACUGCGAAAGAGAGAAAGUUAUUUGUGCUUCCAUUGAAUAACAAUGCUGUGAUAUUCUUACGCGUCGAUGAGCACAAUAUCGCUAAAGUUGUAUCGAUGCACACACUAGCAUUGGAGCAAGAGAACCACCAUUGCCAAAUAUUAAACAGUAAAUAAGUAGCUGCUGACAGAAUCGCAAUAAAAUAACUAGUCAUAGUGACGAUCCAAGAGUGAAGCUUUCUAGGGGCUUGCACACACUCGCUCCAUAGGCAACAAACGAUAAGCACAACAACACGACAAAAUGAAAAUCGUUGCCUCCAGUCUGCUUUCAACUUUUCGGCAGUUGCGAGCACAAACUGCUAAGCUCGCUAAGCCAGGCCCGUCAAUUGUAUCGCCCACCUGGCUACAACAACAACAGCGUUUACAUCAUUGUCGAAGCAACAUGACUGUGCCAACACGCAUAUCCUUCACGCAGGACUUCUUCUUUCGCCAACUUUUCGAUACCGAGAGCAGCACCUACAGCUAUCUCUUGGCUGAUGCCAAUAGCGGUGAGGCCGUUAUCAUUGAUCCUGUGCUAGAGCAGGCCAAGCGGGACGCCCAGCUGGUGAAAGAUCUGGGCUUUACCCUUAAAUAUGCAAUCAACACACACAUGCAUGCGGAUCAUAUAACGGGCAGUGGGUGGCUGAAGCAACUGUUGCCGGGCUGUCAGUCGGUAAUUGCUGCCGCUAGUGGCGCCAAGGCCGACAUCCAUUUGAAGGAGGGGGAGCAAGUGGAGUUCGGACGUCAUCGCAUAGAUGCACUGGCCACUCCGGGUCACACCAAUGGCUGCAUGACAUAUGUUGUGCGAGAGCAAGGCUGUGUUUUCACCGGCGACACUCUCUUGAUACGGGGCUGUGGACGCACCGACUUUCAAGAGGGCAGCUCUCAAAGCCUCUACGAGAAUGUCCAUUCAAAGAUCUUCACAUUGCCGGAGAAUUUCCGCAUUUAUCCAGCACACGAUUACAAAGGUCAGCUAGAAAGCAGUGUCUGGGAGGAGAAGCAAUAUAACCCACGUUUGACCAAGAGCCUUGAGGUGUUCAUCAAUAUUAUGGACAACUUGAAUUUGCCCUAUCCCAAGAAAAUUGACGCAAGCUUGCCCGCCAAUAGGGAGUGCGGCGUGUACGACAUACCCAAGGACAAUUAAGCACUGCCAAGGACAACUAUAGCUCAUUAAACACACAUCCAUACAUCUGUACUUUUAUAAAAUAUUAAUAAAACGAGCAUUUAAAUAA